ACCACAUCAUCAAUAUUUAACACACAUCAAACUAUUCUCCCUAGUUCUUUCUCUCUAAAGAUAUAAAUGAGGUGCUUGGUUGUCAAAAGAUAAUUUUCUAUUAAGUAUUAUUAAUAGUAUUAUUGAAAAAGAAAAACUAUGUCAUGAGAUUGGGGUUGGUUCUAGACAUCUAUCUGACCAGUCCCGACAUUUGUGCUUACUACUAUCUCUCACACACACACACAUCAACUAUACUCUAUAUCUAUACAUUUCAUUUCUCAACAAAACUUCAUCAAAGAUAGUGCCCCAUGAACCCCCACAAACAAACUCUUGUCAGUUAUGACCCUCAAAUAUGGAAACAAGAUCAUAGAACACAAAAGAACAUCAUAGGUGCAUCAUCAUCAUCUUCUUCAAAUAACUCUUCAUCUUUGGCUAAUAGUUUCCAUGGCAGCAGAAAGUGCAACAAACUGCUUGAGGAUGACGAUCUAGUCUCUACUGUAGUGCCUGCUGUUACGGUUGUGUUGGAAGGCCGUUCGAUCUGCCAACGCAUCAGUCUGCAUAGCCAUGAUAGCUACCAAAGUCUCGCCGUGGCUCUACGACAGAUGUUUGUGGAUUGCACCGACGAGGAUGGCGGUGGUGAUCGUCAUCUUGAUCUGUCUAAUGCAAUUCCUGGUCAUGUUAUUGCAUAUGAAGACAUGGAAAAUGAUCUUCUUCUUGCUGGUGAUCUUACCUGGAAAGAUUUUGUACGUGUGGCAAAGAGAAUUCGGGUACUUCCAGCAAAGGGGAACUCAAGGAAGAGAAGCACAAGCUAGGUUCAAGAUCAGAACAUGAAACAUGGUUAAUCGUGAUUUGUACUUUGUUAUUAAAUUAUUAUGAGUUGAUUAAUCCAAUUGAAAGUACACGUAAAGUUGUGCUUUGUAUGAAUAAAAUGUCGCGUUUUCCCAUUUGCAGUACAUGGUUUCUCUGUUGUUAUUAUAAAAAUAUA